CUCUCUUUCUUAUUCUCUUUCUUUCUGUUAUUCUCUCACUCUGUCUCUCUUUCUUUUUCCUCUCGAUAAGCCACCCCCUAUCUUCUGCCUCCGAACGCUUCCGCCACUUGGCUCGUCGUCGUCGCGCCGUCCAAGUCGCGUCCGGCGGCCUUUCCUCUUUGGUCCCCGGUAGCGCGCGCGUUCACCGCGAGGACAAUUCCCGCGACCGUUGGUCUCUCCGUCGAGCAUCAUGACACGCAGCGAGACGUCGUGCGCCGCCUGAGUGUUAACCCCGAGGUGUUGCCCCGUGAAAACGUGCAGCCGCGCCAAGUGAACGCUGGUGCCCCUCCAUCGGCGGCCGGUGCGCGUUUCCCUCGCGCGGCGCACCGUACCCCAUUUCCGUGAUCUCCACCUCCCGGAGGAUGUAAACGCGCGUAAUCUCGUCGGACGGGCUCCAUCCCACCCGCCCCUUUCGAGCUUCAAUGAGGGUCUAGGAUAGGAUAGGCUUACAUCCUCGAAUUAUCGGUGGGCAUGGAACGUCGUGACGUCAUACUGACAGCAGUUUUCGGAACAGUCGGUGCUCUUGCAAUUCUAGUAGGACUCGCAUUAGCAAUGUGGCUCUAUCUACGCGCCAGGAAGUCCAAGCAGCGGGACGACGAUCUCGAGGACCAAAACGAUAACGGCGACGGCUCCGGCCAGCAGCAGCAGACCACUAAGAAAAACGGCUUUCUCAAUCUGAAGACGCCCCUGAUCAGCACGAAGGCUCUCGGAGCGCAAUUAGAGACGACCGGUAGUCCCUCUAGCAAAUCUCCAGCAGGCGGUAGCGGCGGGCCCGCGAGCGGUGCGGCGGGAGCAACAGCGGCACCGGGAAGCGGCGCCAGCAAUGCCGGGAGCGCGGAACCCCGUACACCAACCACCGGGCCGCAGAACAAGCAGCUGCAGAAUGUCAAAGGAGAACACCCCUCGAAAGCAUUUCUACAGAGCAGGUCCAUCUCCUUGGUCGACAUGUACAUCGAUAAUUCGGAACCGAGCGAGAAUGUUGGCCAGAUCCACUUCAGCCUUGAGUACGACUUCCAGAACAGCACGCUCAUUCUGCGCAUCAUACAGGGUAAAGACCUGCCGGCGAAGGACUUGUCAGGCACUUCCGAUCCGUACGUACGUGUGACGCUGCUCCCGGACAAGAAACACCGACUCGAGACAAAAAUCAAAAGGCGCACGUUGAAUCCGAGAUGGAACGAGACGUUCUAUUUCGAAGGUUUCCCCAUACAGAAGCUGCAGAGUAGGGUAUUACAUCUACACGUCUUCGACUACGAUCGAUUCUCAAGGGACGACUCCAUAGGGGAAAUGUUUCUGCCGCUUUGCCAGGUCGAUCUAUCCGAGAAACCGUCGUUUUGGAAGGCCCUUAAGCCGCCGGCUAAAGAUAAAUGCGGAGAACUCUUGUGCUCGCUGUGCUAUCAUCCGAGUAAUUCCAUAUUGACGUUGACUCUCUUGAAGGCGAGGAAUCUCAAAGCUAAGGAUAUCAACGGAAAAUCAGAUCCGUACGUCAAAGUGUGGCUACAGUUUGGCGACAAGAGGAUCGAGAAACGCAAGACUCCCAUUUUCAAAUGCACCUUGAAUCCAGUAUUUAACGAGGUAUUCUCCUUUAACGUACCUUGGGAGAAGAUCAGGGAAUGCUCUUUGGACGUAAUGGUGAUGGAUUUCGACAACAUUGGACGAAACGAAUUGAUCGGCCGAAUUCAGCUCGCAGGAAAAAAUGGAAGCGGCGCGAGCGAGACGAAACAUUGGCAGGACAUGAUCACAAAGCCGAGGCAGACCAUUGUGCAGUGGCAUCGCUUGAAGCCCGAGUAAAGGACACGCUCACCCUGAUCGACGACAAAUGAUAUUCUGUCUGGGCGGAUUCCUCCCCCUCGGGGGCGCGUCGCCCGUCAAAGUUAACGUUAACGAGACAACUCUCUUUUUUUUUUGCUCCUCUUUUGCUCGAUAUCCUCCACCCGCAACCGAUCUCGACGAGAGUCCACCGUAUACCCCUCCGACGACUGUACAAUAUUCCCUCCGCAUCGCGCGGGGCACUCUUAGCGACGCUGGUCGUCGGGGAGCAGUGCCGGUUACAGUGUUAAAUCGCGAUUAGGGAUCCGAGGCGUUAUCGCCCGUUGUUGAGCUAUCGUCGCGCACUAACUAGCAACGAUCGUGACGAAUCGCCGUUAUCGUUGUUGGUAUAACGACAAACCUUCAAUCUGUCGGGCGUUUCUUCGGCCGUGCGAUCGAGCGUUGUAAACGCGUUGUUCGAUGCGACCGGGCAUUAGGCGAUAAGAGCGACGGGAUGCGCCGGCACCUUGAAGAAAUUAAUCGUCGACGGCGGCCAGUCCGCGUCCACGAGAGGAGGGACGACAAGCGGCUACGGAGAGAAGACUCAGUCUUCCGUCGUAGCGCAAUCGGGCGGCCACCCCGGGCACUCAGAGAUGCCCGUUCUCCUUAUUUUCACCCUCUUCUUCUCCCCUCGUCCUCUUCUCCCUGUCCGUGUCCGCCUCGUCGCCGCCCGGUGCGGUGUUUAACGACACGUGAUCUACGAAGGAUAAAUUAUACCGCGGGUAAAAUCGGCCGUUCGCAUCCAGGACGAGCUCAAAUUUCGCGCGAGCGUCUGAUGGACGUUUGACCUCUUUAGAGCGCGUACAUCCCGUAGGCGUUUCGCGAGGCUUUUGUCUCUCAUCGUUCGAGUUUACACGCGCUUGAGAUCAUAUCGGAAUUGGGGGACGUAAAAAUCAAAGGGGCAAGUAGACGGACGGAGAUACGCGUCGAGUUCUUCGACAAAGUAAGAACGGUAUUUUUAUGGAGAAAACAUUCGCGUUAUUAUUAAUACGGUUGACAGAUUAGUGUGAUAGCUUUUGUCGGAGCUCGUACAUCGGAGAUUUGCGUAUGGCACGGAAGUAUCGCUGGUGUCGAUCAAAAGCGAUAAAGCAAUACGAUCGGCAUACGUUACGUAUCGCUCUCUUUCACUUGCUCCUUGGACUGUCUCAUUGGAGAGAAUUAUCUCGCGUCGAAUGGAACCUGAACUGCAAAAGUCGACGAGCUUUCUAAGACAAUGAAUAAUACCUACUUGCGCGCAAUGGCGAUGUUACAAAUUCGUAUUCAAGGCGUUUAUAUUUCUAUUAAACGUUAUUACGUGUUAAGAUAUAUUGCGUGACCAGGAUCUGCCGCGAGACUUAUCGUUUAUAUAACCGAACCUUCGUUAUAGGAGUUGAAACUUCCGUGCAAACGUGCUAUAACAAACGGCAAACGGAUCUGCACGAGUCUGCUUUAAUUUGGGUAUAAUUUGCUUGCACUUUUGCAUCCGCGUCCUCAAAGUUGCCUACGACAAAUUUCCCGGAGGUUUGCUCCUCUUUUCCCUGGGACAUUCCUCCAACGAAAUUUCUUAAGGCCUGUGCCCACAAUGCUAGAACUUGGUCCAAGUUCGGGUUUCGAGAAAUGUGCGGUC